AUGGCGACUGCGAACCGCGCCACGAAAUCAAUAAGCAGUGGAUUUGCAGCGGCUGUGAGACCUCGAUAUGUCUGUCGAACAUGCAAACAUCAACUCCUGCAACGCGAAGCACAGCAAGCCCGACAAUACUCAAGCCCGUCGUCAAGACCCAGUGUUCGACGGUCCACAAGUACUGUAAAUGAACAACGCCGUCAGGCCUCCUCCAAAUCUCUCCUCAGCCGCUUUCAGCCUCCUACACAACGGUCACCAACUGAAGAAGCUGAGACUCCCGCGCCAAUCGAGCAGUAUGUCGAAGCGACUACUUGGGAUGGAUUGGAGCAUGUAGGCCACCACGGACAUUGGAGAGAUCUCCCCGCUGAUCCCAAGGACAAUUAUGAGCCCUGGCUCGACCCGACCACCGCAACACCUCUUCGACGCGACGAAUUCCUUUCAUUCCUUUACAUUUCCAUUGUCGAAUGCCUUGCACACAGACACCUCGGCAAUGAUCCGUCGGUUCUUUUUGAGCAGGGUCCGCCUGACUUUUACGGUGACAUGACUUCUCUGAAGAUCAUAUUGUCGAGCUCUGGAACUGUGUCACAUCUUGAGGAUCCACGCGGUGUUCUGCAGAAAGCCAACGAAGCGCCGAGGCCUGAGUCAGAGAGACAAGAAGAGAUCGAGCUCUCCAUCCCCGAGGUGGAAGAACAGCUCUCUGGCGCAAGAUUUGACUUCAGCGACCCUCUCACAUUUGCUAUUAUCAAACGCUUCUCCCAACUCACCUCCUACCACGUCCCCGACCCUCUCCUCAACACCGUCUUGCGCGGCAGCAAAUCCCUGACGACUUUUAUCGACUUGCUUACUCAAACCGCAAAGCCCAAACCCAAGAGAUUCGCAGAACUGUUACUCGCAAAGCAGAAGAAGGCACUGGAUUUCGCAGCAAGGGAGAAACUCCGUGCCAACGAAGUUGAGGAGACGCCAUUCGCAGCAGACCCGACAUUGAAAGAAGAUCCUACUCAGAACAAGGUGAAGAAGCAGAGACAGAAAUUCCAGCCCCUCGGUCCCAACGUGAUGAUCUUCCCCCGCCGCGAGACGGAAGUUGAUCGCGAAAUGGAGGUCGGGCGCUGGAAGGUCAUCAGGCGCGAACUGGAGAACCGGGGUCUGCCGGUGUAUCCGAUUCCGAGAUUGGUGCCGGAGGGCGAAGCUUGGAGGAAAGAGGACACGGACGGGGAAGUUGCGCAGAGGAAUUUGUGA